AGGCCAGCCCCACUGCCUGGAAGGGUGCACAUGUCCGGCCAUGGAGAACGUGCCUGGCGGUCCCUGGGAGCAGCUCCUGGAAGCUGCUACGGAGCAGAGGGGGGUGCUCUGCUCCUCUCUGCCUCUUUGUCUCUGUGCUCUUUCUGAGUCUCCUAGGAGACAUCUCUCUUUAAUCUUAGCUGUUGUUUCCUUGUCUCCUUCCUCUGUUUGUUAGCUGCACUUUUGAGAUGAUACGGAGCAAAGCCGGAGGCAUUGCUUUGUAUAGAAGUCCUCACACUCUCCGCUUCGAGGGCUGGGGGAAGAUUCUGCCUGAGAGAGCGGGUCAUCUCAUCGGCUUUUUUGCAAAAGCCUUUGCAGGCACCUGCUUUGCCCGCAGAGGGUCCCGGCUGCAGUCCCUGGCAGCAUCACCAGGGAGGAGGGUUGGGAAAGACUCCUGAGCCUGAAGCCUUGGGCAGCCGCUGCCAGUCAAGUGUAGGCAGUCCUGAGCUAGAUGGACCCAGUGGUCUGACUCAAUGCAAGGCCGCUUGCAGUGUUCCUAUGUCAGGAUGUCCAUUGCAUCUCACUGUGUCUUGCCCUUUGGGGGCCCCUUUCUAAUCUUUGCAGUCCUGGAAGAAGGUGCUGACUUCUAGAGACCUCAGAUGGAAACAGGCCUGGCCUCUCGUGCACAGAAAGGCCGUCUCAGGACUGCAGCGGAGAGGGUGAAAAGUGGGCCUGCUGCUGGCUGCAGGAGGCUCCACAAACCAGGCCAAAGGGCCCAGGGGCUGCUUGUCCUCUCCUGUGCUCCAGUUCCAAGACGCCUGGGUCUUUUCUGGGCACUCUUCCUUGUUGUCGCCCUUGCAGCACGCCUUACGUAACUGCGCCCCUCCCUGCCUUCAGUAACAUGACCCUUGCCUGAGACGGUGCUAUUUCAAGCUGUUGGCAGGAGAUGCCGCUUUGCAGACCAGAUGAGACGCUCUGUUUAGGCACAGGAGCUGCCUGACUUAUGGAGGGGGUCAGCCGCCGCCUCCUUGAACACGGGCUCAAGAUGUGUGUGCUUGCUGCUUCCUUAGAUGGGCCACACGUGUCCAGCAGCCCACGCUGUGCAUGCUCAGGCCAGAUUCUUGGAGUGCCAUUUUGUUAAAAGCUGCUCCCAAUGCCAUAAUCGCAGCUCCGUCCUGCAGUGGCACAUAAAACAUCUGUUUUUAUGAUGUUUUAAAGUGUUUUUAGUGCUUUUGUUUGCCACCCUGGGCUCCUGCUGGGAGGAAGGGCGGGAUAUAAAUCAAAUAAGAAAUAAAUGUGUUGCGCUUAAAUGGGCCUGCUUCUCAGCAUAGGUUCCUCUGCCUUUGCAAACGUGACGGGAUCCACUUGUGUGUGUGUCUGUGUUGGAAUCUGCAGGAGGACAGAGUGCUGUCAUGUUCAGGCCCUGCUUGUGGGCUUCCCAUAGGCAUUGAGUUGGCCACUGAGAGAACAGGAUGCCGGCCUUUGGCCUGACCCAGCAGCAGGCAGGCUCUUCUUAUGUUGUCAGAGAGAUGUGUGUUUUGUGGCCUGCACAGAGGGCAGAACUGCUAUCCCUACAAGGGAAUCCAUCCCACAAAUCAGCCUUUUCAGGGGAGAGGCUGGAAUUCCAGGCUGGCCCCUGGUUUUGGGAAACAAACGUCUGUUUUUCAUGCCUAGGCAGAGCUGGAUCUCUUUUCCCCUUCCUCUUGCAGUCUUUGUUCCUGCAACCUCGGGAGUAAGAUGAUCCCUGGUAAACACAGGAGGGAGAACAGAUGCAGAAAUAGCAGGGAAUUGCCUGGCUAUGUGUGUGCGUGUGGAGGCCUGCCUGUCUGCCUGCUUACCAAAGUCCCCGGUGACCUUUCCCCUACAUUUGGCUUGGUCCCCUCCCAUGCCCAGCCCCUUCCCUGGCAGGCCUGGCCCUCCCUUCCAUCCAGAGGCGGCGAUUCCGUCAAGAGGGAGGGCUGGGGGAGGGAUAUAACUUGGAGCAGAGAGCAAAGGUGGCGAGCGCUGCCUGCCACAGUGGAUGGCCCAGAGGAAGCGGGAGGGUGGGUUGGGAGCAGAGGAGCCGGCGGCAUCUGUGCAGGCUCCCUGGCUGCAAGAGGAGGGGGCAAGGAUGGCUCCCCACCGGGACGGCUGCCCGCUGCCCAUCUGGGCCAGGGUGGCGUGAGUCUCUCUUCCUUGGAGGCUGCUGGGCUCAUCUUCCCUCGGGAGGCCUGCCUGCAUGUCCUGCCAAGUUGCCCCUGCCAGCGGCUGGGCUGGUAUGAGCCACGCCAUGGAGCCCUCCCCUGGCCACGCUGCCGUGGUCUCAGUCUCUCCCCCCGUGGACUUUCUCCUGGGUGCCACGGCGUGCUGCAUGGCCUGCGUGUUCACCAACCCACUGGAGGUGGUGAAGACACGCCUGCAGCUGCAAGGGGAGCUCCGCUCUCGGGGCACAUACCCCCGCCACUACCGAGGGGUCCUGCAGGCCAUGGUGGCCGUCAGCCAAGCCGACGGGCUGCGGGGGCUGCAGAAGGGGCUCACCGCUGGACUGCUCUACCAGGGGCUCAUGAACGGCGUGCGCUUCUGCUUCUACUCCCACGCUGAAGAUGUCGGCUUGACCCAGCAGCCAGGUGGGACCAUCGUGGCAGGAGCCAUGGCCGGCGCGCUGGGGGCGUUCGUGGGCAGCCCAGCCUAUCUGGUCAAAACACAUCUCCAAGCCCAGACUGUGGCUGCCAUAGCUGUGGGACACCAGCACAAUCACCAGAGCGUUUCCAGUGCCUUUGAGAGCAUCUACAAGAAACAGGGCCUUCUGGGGCUGUGGCGAGGGGUGAAUGGCGCCGUGCCGCGUGUCAUGGUGGGCUCAGCCGUUCAGCUGGCCUCCUUUGCCUCCGCCAAAGAGUGGGUCAGGAAGCACAAGUGGUUCAAGGAAGACAGCUGGACGGUGGCUCUUGCUGGUGGCAUGAUCAGCAGCGUGGCCGUGGCUGUGGCCAUGACACCCUUUGACGUGGUGAGCACCAGGCUCUACAACCAGCCAGUGGAUGAGAUGGGCAUGGGCAAGCACUACCGUGGCUUCGUCGACUGCUUUGUGCAAGUCUCCGGCAAGGAGGGUGUCCUCGCCCUCUACAAGGGCCUUGGGCCUGCUUAUCUUCGCCUGGGACCACACACCAUCCUCAGCCUCCUCUUCUGGGAUGAACUGAGGAAAUUCACCUACCAGCACCAGGGUCCCUGAACCCCUGCAAGAGACGCCAACGCGUGUGGGUGGAGGGCACUAUCCCCUCCCCAUACUCUCUCUCCCCACCUUGCUGAUGGGACCAGGACUCUGGGUGGGAGGGUGGAGCACCAGGCACCAUCCUUUGCCCAAGCAGGCCUAGGAUCUGAGUGGGAUGUUUUGGUUCCUACUGCCCACUUCCAUAAGCUCUUCCCUGGGCCAGAGCACUGGGCUUCCUCCCUGGAGUGGGUUCUCCUGGUGAGCGGAGGGUGGGUGCUCUGGCCCCUUCUUCCUGGGGACCUCUGGAGGAGGAGUGGGGGCAUCUCCUCUCUUUCCCUGCCUCGCGGUCUCCGUUGUAAUGUGAUGUUCUCUUCGUGGCCAGAGGGGAGGCGGUGGCGAGCAAGAACCAGCUUCAGAGGAGAGAGACGAACAUGCGUUUAAUGCACUCGAAGGACCGUAACUCCAAGCCAAAGUGUAGCUUCCUGUGUGACUUAGGGUGGGGGCAGGGGGCUCGUGGAGGGGCACCCCUGGACUAGCUACGGAGUCAGUGUGUUUGAAGCCUGUGCUACACACACAGAUUGGGAAUUUUUAUUACCUGCAAACAGCAUCUCCUCCAUUUCUUGUCUUGCAGCACAUCUACACGCUCCCUGUCAGCAGAUAGUUAGGCGAUGGGCGCUAGACUUUACUAGACCACAAAGCGAAGAGGAAAGAAGAAGGGUGUGAGAAGGCCCGGCCUGGGGGGCAGAGGGUUUACUCUGGGCAGGUGGCGCUUUUAGCUGGUCUGGAAGGAUCCCAAACUGGGCUGUGAGCCAGGCUCAGGGAGGUUGUAGCAGGCCCACAACCACCCGUUUGUCUUUUUGCAGAGCAGGGCAGAGGGCGAGAGCCAAGAGGGCACACGAAGAGGGCAGCGAGCAGACAGGCAUGCACAGAGUGACAACCUAGAAGCAAGUUGCACUUGGCGGGGGACUCUGGCUUUUGAACAGUGGAUGGCUCCUGGCCUAGAGCCAGAUUGCAGCCCCUUCCCGCCCUCCCCAGCGAGCCUCAGAGAGACCAUUCAGUCCCCUGGAGUAUGGAGGGCAGUGGCCUUCUCUUUUUGGAAGCGCUGGACCCAUCAGCCAGAGAGCUGCCUUUCUGGGUCAAGGAGUUGGACGUCCAUCAGGGACAGGUGAGGCAGCGAUGCCUGCGCCUGUGACAUUUGCACCCUGCCAAGUUCCUGCCUGUCCUCCUGGCACUCUCCCAAAAGCAGAGCCACCUCCACAAUGGGGGAAAGGCUGGGAAAUGUUGGGGGGGUUCAGGGAACGGGUCUGGUUUCCAUCACCAGCUGCUGUAACGGGAGCCCAGCUGCUGGGCAGCUUCACUGAAGUGCAAUAAAGACGGUUUCUACAUUGUUGUGUUUA